AUGCCGUCGCCGCCAAGCACUGCACAAUGCUGGUUCACAAAUCAGUCGCAGCGAGAACGAUGUUUCCGCGAGGCCAACGGCCUCUGGGACGAUCGAGAAGCUUGGACCAAGGAAACGCUGGGCGAUAUGAAAGACUCCAGAUUCUCCUCGCGCGAGACUUUAGUGCCGCUGACGAGAAAGAGCUCCAGCCUGGAAAUCAUUUACUCGUCUUCAAAGGACGACCUGGACUCUCAAAUCAUAUCGCUCGAUCCUGAAGAAUUCGGUCCCGAAAACGAUCUUGCCAAACGCACGGAGCAGCAGCUUCUCAUCGCUACUUCAAGCAUGUCUCAAUGGCGUGCGAGGAGGAAGAGCGGUACAGGUCGAAAGAUUGCAACAGGAGUGCAAGGAUUUCUGGUGACGUUCUCGGAUUUUCUGGAAAGCUUCUCAGGUAUCGUAGAAAUCGUGAAAGCCGCCGAUCAGCAAUAUGGUGGCUUUGCCUAUGGUACACUGUCAGUACUUCUCAGUGUAGUAGUGCACAAAGACAAGCGGGAGAACGAUAUUGAGGACGCUCUUGAAGAGCUGACUUAUGCAAUCCCGCGACUGGCUAUGCUUCGCAGUCUACAACCAAGCGACAGACUGCAAGACUUGAUCGCAGACGUUUUCGGCCUCGUGGUGAAGUUUGCCAGAGAGACGACAGACUACUUCUCCUCGCGUCGACAAAGGUGGAAAGACGCAGUGUCGCCGGGAAAGGUCAAAAUGCAGACCAUGUCCCGUAUCCGGAGACAAUUGGGCCAAGUCAAGCAGGAAAGUGACACGCUCCUGCUCCAAGACAUUAGCAAGAUGAAACAGACGAUUGAUGACAUGAGUGUGCGGCUGCGUUCAACGCAGUCAAUCGCAUUGGCACACAGGAGUUCAGCCGAUGGUGAAUACCUAGCCAGUAUCCGGAGAAUACUGGGGAUCAAAGUCGAGGAACCGUAUACUUUCAACACGGACUUGGAAAGGUACAAGGCCAUUCUCGGAAGAGCGUUCCACAAUCGGCGAGCAAUUAUUCGAGCACCAAUGGAGACAUCGCUGGACCUGCUCGCUGAAGAUUCUGAUUUUGCGCGAUGGUUGACGCAACAGGAGUCAAGCUUGCUGCUCGUCGGCGGGCAGAACUGGCAUCGCUUCGACUCCAAAGAUCUGAUCUGGUUGUCAGAAGGCUGCGUCUUAUUGGCAGAGUCCUUGCGAACUCAGCUCUCGGACACGCAGAAAGUGGCUUGGUUCUUGUGUCAGACGGACUGGACAAUGACAGAUCGCAAGAAAUGCUCGAUCCAAGACCUUUUGGCCAGUUUGAUAUAUCAAAUUGUGUUGAUGCAUUCAGACAAGCUGCGAGACUAUCACGAUCAGGUUCAAAGAGUGGUGGAGGGGUCCGACUGGCGUAGUGACUCGGGCGAGAAGGCAUUCGGUGCUUUUUCUGGCCUUCUUGCCAAUAUCCUCGGGCACUUCGACGAUGCAUUCUACUUGACCAUUAUAAUAGAUCGCCUCGAUCAGUGUCGGUGGCAAGAUGAACCUGAGCAAGAAGGCUGGAAUAUGCGCUUCGCUAUAGAGGGGUUUCUGGAAGCAAUGGAAGCAGUUCGAUGCUGUGUCAAGGUCAUGGUUGUCGUUGACACAGCAGCGGCGAUGCAGUUGUCAAGCUAUGGUUCACGGAAGAGACUGAUCAUGAAGCCAAAUUGGCGGCAAGAGGCGCGUCGUUGA